GUCAAAUGGCUCAUGCUCCACAAAAUAUCAUGCAUGCCUUCCGUAAUCUUGCCUUUUUUGGCAAUAUGACUUAAAAUGGUAACCGUGUUGAAUCGGCGUUUCGGGAACAUAAUAUUUUCACGGCAAGACGCAUUUUCAAUGGUUCGUAUGAGUUUGGGUGAUUGAGGGACUUGGAAAAAAAAAAGAAAGAAAAAAAAAAUAGCAGAGCGAACGACGGCGGGGUAUUCCUGAAAGAAAACGUACUUUUUUUUCUACUCUUAUUAUUCUUUGCUUUGUGUGGGAAGUUUAUAAUUUACUUUUUCGUAAAAAGAGACAAUGCACAUUGGGUUAUUGUCAAAUGAGCGAUUGUCAUUUGAUCCAUUCAAGCCCAUUAUUCUGCGAGGAUCGCCCACCGAAGAUGCUUCCUCGGUAUUUGCGGGCAAUGUCGUGUUGUCACUGUCGAAACCUUCAAAGAUCACCUCCAUUACGGUACGACUCAAAUCCACGGCAACCACGUUUUGGCCUGAAGGCAUAGGAGCACGUGGAACGCGAUUGACGGCCGAGACACCAUUGAAUGAGCAAACCCUGGAGAUCCUGCCAAAAACGGUUAAGCAGAGUCCAACCGUCUUGCCAGCGGGUGUUCAUCGAUUCGCAUUCGCAUUUGCGGUGCCUAAUUCUCUUGUGGAAACCAUUGAAGAUGUGUACGGUCGCGUUCGCCAUGUGGUGGAAGCUCAAGUGAUCCGAUCAGGUUUACCGUUAUUCAAAAACUGGCAUUACUCCAAACCGGUGCUUGUUUUACGAACGUACAUGUCCAAUUCGUUGUUGACCAACAAUUCGCUGCAAGAUCUGUCACGUACGUUUGAGAAGCAUAUGGUGUGCGCAGAUAUGGAAGUGGUUAUCGAAGCCGCCGCAUUUUCUUCCGGCGAUCUAUUCUAUAUUCGUGUGACGGUGCAACCGCAUCGAAAACAUUCGCGAUUGGAACACAUGGAAUUAAGAGUUGUCGAAAGUCGACGUUACUCUGUUCCAGAAAUGCGGGCAUGGCGGACCGAUUCGGCCACCUUUCCUCUUCCAUUCGCAUUUUCUACCCCGCUCGCCGACGAUGGAGCCUCUCCCAGUUACUCCACCGAAGCGUUGCGUCCCGCGUUUGAACCUCACGGUAAAGGAGUGGAUCUCGUGGAUUCUUUUGCGCAUCGGGUCGCUUUCUUCACCCCUACUUGUCAACAAAACAUUCAUCACUCUACCCACUUUAAAGAAAUUUUAUUCCGGCAUCAUCUCGAAAUCGAUAUUACCCUCUCCUACCUCGACAGUGUCGGGCAACCGGUGGUGAGUCGUACCACCAGUAGUCACAGCAUGUCCACGAGUUCCAGUCAAAGUAGCCACGAAAUACCGUUAUCUACCUCGUCAUCAUCGACCACCACCACCACCAAUACCACACCGUCAGCUUCAGCGUCAGUGUCAGCCUCCGCCUCGGCGUCUACGGCACAUCAUGCUUCUCUAUCGCAGCAGGACGGUCCGAGCAGCAGUGGAUGGCAAAACAUGUUGUUACGGUUACGGAAAAGCAAGAACGAAAAAGACAAAGUCGAUGGUCGACGACGAGAGAUCAUUAUGCUUGAUACGCCCAUCACGGUAUUUGAUUGUCGUCUGAAAGAAGAUUACGGUCGCUUGCCGUCGUAUUUUGAGCUGAGCGAUAAACGCGUUUCUGUCCCCUUGACAAUGGACGGGGCCAAACGUAAAAAAGGAGGUUUCAGUCCAUCGGAUGGCAAACGGGUCAUUUCCACGGAUAAAGACGAUCGUCCACACGCGUUUUACUGCGAUUGCUAUCGGGAAUUUUCCAAACAGAUGGAAUUAGCUUCCCAGCCUCUUUUCUUUCCCGAACCUACCCCUUUUCUCCCUACCCUCGAUCGUAUGCCCUCCAGACCACCACCCGAUUAUGGUGCUUAAAAACCACAUACACAUGCAAAGAACAUACCGUCCAUCGAUUUCAGAUUAUGGCAUGCCAUCCCGGUGGAUUCUCUGCCCCGUAUAUCAUACCCCAUUUUCCGCUGUUGGAAUUCUUUUUUUCCAACUGUCCAUGUAUAUUAUUUUUUCUCUUGCACAACCAUCCAUAGAAUAGACUGGCAUUUUUUUGUUACCCAUGUUAUUUAUCUUAUAAAUAAAUAAAUAAGACAUUGAUAGGAGAGAGGAAAAAAAAGGUUGAGGG